UCCUCUCUCUAUUUCUUCUCUUGUCUUCUCUCUCAUGUUGCCACCCCAUCAAGAAAAAUCGAUCCUUUCUUUCUUUCUUUUCUCUUUCACACGUUUGUGUCCUCUUCAUCUUCCUUCAUUCAAUGUGCUGCCACCGAUAUUAUUACGUUUUUAUGUAUUGGAUGACGUUGGACAGAUUGGUGACUUACACGAGCUAAAACUACUUCUUGCUUUAUACAUUUUGUAUCUUUAUGUAUUGGUGAUUUACCAAGAUGUCAAAAUUUGAGGGUGUUAUUGUCUCUGAUCAAUGGCUUCAAAGCCAGUUUACACAGGUUGAACUUCGUAGUCUCAAAUCAAAAUUUGUCUCUUUGAAAAAUCAGAAUGGUAAAGUUACAUUCGGAGAUUUACCACGUUUAAUGAUGAAGAUAAAGGCGUUUAUAGAUGUGUACAGUGAGGAUGAGAUUAAGAGGAUCUUGAGUGAGUCAGGCAAUGACUUCACCCAUGAUGUUGAUUUUGAAGCCUUCUUAAGGAUAUAUUUGAAUUUGCGAAGCCAAGCUACAACCAAACAAGGUGGAUUGAAGCACUCAUCAUCAUUCCUUAACGAAACCAUAACUACACUUCUUCACACGAUUAGUGAAUCUGAAAAGGCCUGCUAUGUUGCUCACAUAAACAGCUACCUUGGCGAUGAUCCAUUUCUGAGUCAAUAUCUUCCUUUGGAUCCAGCUACAAAUGAUCUAUUUGAUCUUUCCAAAGAUGGCAUUCUUUUGUGUAAGCUUAUCAAUGUUGCUGUGCCGGGAACAAUAGACGAGCGAGCCAUCAACACGAAACGGAAUCUUACUCUUUGGGAGAUAAAUGAGAACCAUACUUUAUGCCUUAAUUCUGCUAAGGCUAUUGGCUGCACAGUGGUCAACAUUGGCACACAGGACUUAGUUGAAGGAAGACCUCAUCUUGUUCUAGGGUUAAUAUCCCAAAUCAUAAAGAUUCAACUGUUGGCUGAUCUCAGCCUUAAGAAGACGCCUCAGCUUGUGGAAUUGGUCGAUGAUAGUCAGGAGAUUGAAGAGCUUCUUAAUUUGUCUCCUGAAAAGGUUCUACUAAAAUGGAUGAAUUUUCAUCUCCAAAGGGGAGGUUACCAAAAAACUGUUCAGAAUUAUUCUUCUGAUUUGAAGGACGGAGAGGCUUAUGCUUAUCUUCUUAAUGUCCUUGCUCCUGAACAUUGCAAUCCAUCAACCUUAGACACUAAAGAUAGCAAUGAAAGAUCAAAUCUUGUGCUUGAGCAUGCAGAGAGACUGGGCUGCAAAAGAUACUUGACCCCGAGGGACAUUACGGAGGGUACCUCGAAUCUUAAUCUUGCAUUUGUCGCACAAUUAUUUCAUCACAGGAGUGGCUUAUCGACAGAUACUAAAAAGAUGUCGUAUGCUGAGAUGAUGACAGAAGAUGUGCAAACAUGUAGAGAAGAGAGAUGCUUCAGGAUGUGGAUCAAUAGUCUUGGAAUUUCUACUCGUGUUAAUAAUCUAUUUGAGGAUGUCAGAAAUGGAUGGAUACUACUAGAAGUGCUAGACAAGAUUUUUCCAGGAUCAGUAAAUUGGAAACUUGCAACAAGACCUCCAAUUAGAAUGCCAUUCAAAAAAGUAGAAAACUGCAAUCAGGUUGUCAAAGUUGGUAAACAAUUCAGAUUCUCACUAGUUAAUGUAGCUGGCAAUGACAUUGUGCAAGGAAAUAAGAAGCUCAUUCUUGCUUUAUUGUGGCAGUUGAUGAGAUUCACAAUGCUUCAACUAUUGAAAAAUUUGAGAUCUCAUUCCCAAGGAAAGGAGAUCAGAGAUGCUGAUAUCCUUAAAUGGGCAAACAGAAAAGUCAAAAGCAUUGGCAAAACUUCUCACAUUGAGAGUUUCAAGGAUAGGAGUUUGUCAAGUGGACUAUUUUUUCUUGAGCUUCUGAGUGCUGUAGAGCCAAGGGUUGUCAAUUGGAACCUUGUCACCAAGGGUGAAAGUGAUGAUGAGAAGAAGUUGAAUGCAACCUACAUAAUCAGUGUUGCACGAAAGCUUGGUUGUUCCAUAUUUUUGCUACCUGAGGAUAUCAUGGAGGUUAAUCAGAAGAUGAUUCUGACUCUUGCAGCAAGUAUAAUGUAUUGGAGCCUUCAACAACAAUCUGAAGAUGCAGAUUCAUUCCCUUCACCUGCUAGCACUGUCACUACAACCACACCUGAAGCAUCACCUUGUCCUUCAGUUUGUGGUGAAGAUGAAAGUUAUUCCUCCUUGAAUGGUGAUUUCUCCAACUUGAGUGUUGAUGAUACCACCUCAGAUACAACAGUUUCUUCACAACUUGAGUCUGAUGAGCUAUUUUGAAUUCAGAGAUGGGUCUGAAAUGUUUUUGUUAGAGAAAGAAUUUAUAUAUAGCAAAGUUUAAGGGAAAAAAAACACAACUUAUAUGCCAAAGAUGUUACAUGUAUAAUGUAAACAUAUAGAUUAGAUGUGAAUAGUACAUGUACAAAAAUUUAUUGUUCUUUGGAGAGGAAUGGUAAAUGAGAGAGAUUAAUAAACUCCCUUAUUGCUGGAUUCUUCUUUUUAUGUAAGUUUCAAUAAUGAAUUUGUAUUUUGUCAUUCAUUAACCAAUAAUAUAAGACCUUUUUCCUUUCA